CCUUCAGCCUUCAGGGUCAUCUGUGUUUCUUCCCCCCUUUCCCUUCUCUCAGUCUCCUCCCUUGGUCUUCCCUUCCUGCCGGCGACGACUGGGCGAGCGGCGGCGCCAUUCGCCUCGUCUUCGCCCGGCCCUUUGCCGGCGACGAGCAUCCGUCCGCCAGAGCUGGCGAGGGAGCAGGGGAGGGCGUUUCUCGUGUGAGUAUGGGCAAUCUGCAGCAGCUGCAGCUCUACUAUUAGGAUUUGAUCCUUGGACAUGGCUGAGGGGGCGAGGUUUCAUGGUAUGAUUGGCGGUGGCGGAGGCAAGGGGAUGCAAGACAAUGAGAUCAAUGGCUUCUACAACAUGCCUUAUUACCAGAAGUUUGGGGAGGGCUCCCACAUGUCUGUGGACAGCGCCGAUGGCUUCAACCUGGCCAACUGCGCCGGCGGUUCUGUCGCCAUGUCUGUGGACAACAGCAGUGUGGGCUCGAAUGAGUCCCGCACGGUCAUACUGAAGCACCCAGGCCUUCGUGAUGCCCCGACGGCAAGCUACUCAGUUGGCAAUAGUGUCUUCCGCCCCAACCGUGUGGCUGCGCACACGCUGAGUGAGGAUGCAUUGGCUCGUGUCUUGAUGGACCCGAAUAAUCCUACAGAGAUACUAAACAACUAUGAGCAGUGGACUAUUGAUCUGGGGAGGUUGGACAUGGGGGAUCCUUUUGCUCAAGGAGCCUUUGGGAAGCUGUACCGGGGAACAUACAAUGGAGAAGAUGUUGCCAUUAAGCUGCUGGAGAAGCCUGAGAAUGACCCGGAAAGAGCCCAUUUGAUGGAGCAGCAAUUUGUGCAAGAAGUUAUGAUGUUGUCAAGGCUGAGUCACCCAAAUAUUGUAAGGUUCAUAGGGGCAUGUAGGAAAUCGAUUGUAUGGUGCAUUAUUACAGAGUAUGCCAAGGGCGGCUCAGUCCGGCAGUUCCUGGCGAGAAGGCAGAACAAGUCGGUGCCUUUGAGGUUGGCUGUGAAACAGGCGCUUGAUGUAGCCCGGGGAAUGGCUUAUGUUCAUGCAUUGGGAUUUAUUCACAGAGACCUAAAGUCAGAUAACCUUCUGAUUGCAGCAGACAAAUCCAUUAAGAUUGCUGACUUUGGAGUUGCUCGUAUUGAGGUGAAAACUGAAGGGAUGACACCAGAGACAGGAACCUACCGCUGGAUGGCACCGGAAAUGAUCCAGCACAGGCCCUAUGAUCAUAAAGUUGAUGUCUAUAGUUUUGGGAUUGUCUUGUGGGAACUUAUAACCGGCAUGCUUCCCUUCACAAACAUGACAGCUGUUCAGGCAGCUUUCGCUGUUGUAAAUAAGGGUGCUCGUCCAGUAAUCCCUCAAGACUGCCUGCCUUCUCUGACCCACAUCAUGACUCGCUGCUGGGAUGCGAACCCUGAAGUUCGCCCACCAUUUACUGAGAUCGUCUGCAUGCUUGAGAGUGCUGAGAUGGAGAUUGUGAGCAAUGUGCGUAAAGCACGCUUCCGCUGCUGUAUGUCUCAGCCCAUGACAACCGAUUGAAGUGGAAACUGGUGGCUAGAUGAGGAGAAUUGAUGGAAGAAAGGAGGAGGAGCCUAUCUCAAUGUGUUCACCGCAUCGGUGCUAGGGGUCUGCGCUGAAGCCCCUAGGAUUUGAGCUUCUGUGUUGUUGCAUUAUAUCCUGUGUAUGCUGCACAGCUGAAGUUCUCUUCUGAAAGUAUAGGUGAUGUUGCCUUGUAUGUUAACAAAGAUCUAAUGGAGCUUUCCUAUGUUAAUAACAUCUGCUUGUUCUUGUACUCGAACAAGUUGCCUGAUUUCAAGUUUCAGCACCCUUCUUCGGUGUU